CCGCGGUGUAUUUGUAUCCCGAUGACGGCCGAGGAUGGAGGCAGUUCUAGCCAAGUAUGAGAAUCAAAUCAACGCAUUCUCCGAGUUCCUGGAAGACCUGCCGGAUGUAGACGAGCCAGUAUGGAUCUUGGGAGCAUGUUAUGAUCUUAAAACAAAGAAAUCAGAGCUGCUCUCGGAUGUGCGCUCACGGCUGUGGUUCACAUAUAGGAAAAAGUUUUCUCCCAUUGGAGGAACAGGCCCUUCAUCAGACGCGGGAUGGGGCUGCAUGCUCCGCUGUGGACAGAUGAUCCUCGCACAGGCUUUGGUCUGCAGGCACCUCGGUCGAGAUUGGAGAUGGGAUCCAGAGAAACGUCAGCCCAAAGAGUACCAUCGCAUCUUGCACUGCUUUUUAGACAAGAAGGAUAGCUGCUACUCUAUUCACCAGAUGGCUCAGAUGGGCGUUGGAGAGGGCAAGUCUGUCGGAGAAUGGUAUGGACCGAACACAGUGGCUCAAGUACUCAAGAAACUCGCUCUGUUUGAUGAUUGGAAUACACUGGCUGUGUACGUGUCAAUGGACAACACCGUUGUUAUCGAAGACAUCAAGAAACAGUGUAAGCAGCCAGGCCGGGAAAGCAGGUCCAGGGCUGGUCCCUGUGGCCGAGGAGAAGUGCCAGCGUCAGGCCAGAGCUGUUCAGAGACACCUCACCUUCAGUCCCAAAGGCCCCUGGACUGGAGGCCCCUGCUGCUGGUCAUCCCUCUUCGAAUGGGCAUCAACAGCAUCAACCCCGUCUACAUUCAGGCCUUCAAAGAGUGUUUUAAGAUGCCUCAGUCGUGUGGUGUUUUGGGAGGAAAGCCCAACCUCGCCUAUUAUUUUAUUGGAUUUAUCGAUGAUGAGUUGAUCUAUCUGGACCCUCACACUACGCAGCAGGCCGUGGACACUGAAUCAGGCAGUGCUGUGGACGACCAGAGCUAUCACUGUCAGAGGACCCCACACCGCAUGAAAAUCACUAGCCUGGACCCAUCUGUGGCGCUGGGCUUUUUCUGCAAGAGUGAGGAGGACUUUGACAGCUGGUGCGAUCUGGUUCAGCAGGAGCUCCUCAAGAAGAGAAAUUUGCGGAUGUUCGAGCUGGUAGAGAAACACCCGUCUCAUUGGCCUCCGUUUGUUCCUCCCACCAAACCAGAGGUGCAGACCACAGGAGCAGAGUUCAUCGAGUCCCCAGACAAGCUUUUUGAGUCAGAAGAGGAGUUUGAGAUCCUGAAUGUGUGAUGAAGAGAUGUCAGUCGCCCUGCUGUGCUCCACACCGCACAAGUGCCUCCGAUCAACACCGAGCAAAAAACAACAGCAGAGCAGAAAAGCCAUCCAAGGAUCCCGUAGCAGCUUUGUGUGACGUUUAGCCUCGUUCAGAGGGCGUGUAAGAGACGGUGUUUUUAACAAACAGAGAACUCGUCGUGUUCGCGUGAACUUUUCCGUACUGUAUCAUGGAGAGGUGAAGGCUUUGAUGAGGAUGAUAUCUUUAAAACCUCGACACACACUACCUCCUGACUGCAGGAGACGGAUCAUAUGCAGACAUCUUUAAUUCAGUGUUAUUCAAGGAAAAAAAUGACUACCUUAUUGGUUAAACAAGUGCCUCUCUUUAUCACAUAUUUAUGUUUCUGACUGGUAAAGGUGAUGUUUCCUUUUUCUUAUUACAGUGGGUUAAUUAUUUCACCCACCCCUGCACAUCUGUAAAUAUGGCUUCAGGUGAAGAUAUUUAAAAAUGUUUAGUGCAUUUUCGAUCGGUCCUAUCACGUUUUUUUAAAUGAAAUAAACUGUAAAGAUACUAAAUUAUGAGAUCCUAUCAUUUAUCGGUGAAUGUUGUCCCUUUCAUGUCUACACUGUCUUUGUAUGUUUAUAAAAGAUGACAAAUCUGAA